AUGCCACCCGGAAGUGGACCACAGACACAUCGCCCUAACUCUGUGGACAUGCGAGGGCUACCACAUCAAGAACGCGUGCGGCCAAAGAAAUUAGUUCAAAAUUUGCGAAUUGGGACUCUUAAUGUUGGAACAAUGACGGGAAGAUAUCGCGAUAUGGUAAACCUCAUGAUAGAAAGGAGAGUGGAUGUACUGUGCGUGCAAGAAACGAGAUGGACAAGAAACAAGGCAAAAGAACUUGGUGAGGGAUUUAAAUUAAUAUAUGGAGGAGCUGAUGACGAUAAAAGAAAUGGUAUAGGAAUUAUAUUAUCCCGAGAUUUGAAGGACUUGGUUACAGAAGUGAACAGGAGAAAUGAUCGAAUUAUGUGGGUGUGGCUGGUACUAGAGAUUUUUUCAGUGAAUAUUUUCAAUGUAUAUGCACCGCAAACGGGAUGUACAGAGGAAGAAAAGGCACAAUUUUGGACUGCUCUGCAAGAAGAAAUGGAAAAGGUUGAUGAAAGUGAAAGAUGCAUGGUUGGAGGAGACAUGAAUGGACACAUUGGAAGUGGAUAUGAUGCAUUCAGCCGGAUACAUGGGGGAAAUGUAUCCCAUGAUGGAAAUGGAGAUGGAAAUGAGGAUGUAGAGAAGAUAACUGACUUUGCUUUAUCCUUAAACAUGGUGAUUGGAAAUACUCUAUUUCGUAGGAGAAAUGAACACCUAAUUACUUACCUUAGUGGAGAGAGAGCAAGUCAGAUAGACUUUCUCCUCUACCGCAGUAGAAACAUCAAGGAGAUUAAAAACUGCAAGGCAAUACCGGGUGACCAUGUGACGUUACAGCAUCGGUUGGUAGCCAUCGACCUCGCCAUCCCUGUGACACGAAGGCAGAAAAGGAAAGUCACCACGGAGAAGAGAAUAAAGUGGUUCAAACUGAAAGAUCAUGACCUAAAGCAGCAGUUUAAAGACCGAGUUCUAAGAGAUAUUGACCUGGAAAUCGAGGAUGUCAACGAAUGGUGGAACAGAGUGAGUGCAAACAUCAUCGGAACUAGGAAAGAAGUGCUUGGUGAGACUAGUGGCAAAAUAUAG